AUGGCUUUCUCUGAUUCUCAAUUGCACCUCUCUCCACGUGGUCCCAGCGUUCCGCCCCUGGAACACCGCAUCAAGCGUAAGCCGGUUGCUCCAGCCAAUGCGGACAACGGGAACGCUUCGGAUGACGCGAGGCAGAAACCACCGUUGCUGCACAUUUCAGGUCCAUCGCCUCGUCCCAAAACGUCGGGGGGUUCAUCAUCCGCUGCACCGCUACUGCUGUCGCCGCGCCCCCCUUUAACGAGCCACGUCUCGACCAGCGCGCUCCCAAAGGUGUCACUGCGUGAAGGUAGUACCAACAGUUCGGCUGCAUUGAGACCAUCAACACCGUCACCUGGUGUACCUCGAGCUGCGACUGACAAUGAUCCUGCGUCAUCGUCUAUAUCUGCCGUCCAAAAGGCAUACGGGGAAGCGUGCCAUUUCCUCGGUGGCCUCAUCAACCAUCCAACAGAGUCAAGCAAGCACUUUACCAUCCUGCGCCAUUCGCAUGGUAUCGUGUUCUACCGGGGUAGCACCACUUCCGUCACAGUAUCCAUCUUCUCAGAUGCUCCUCUCCCUUCGGACCGCACGCUCUGGCUCCAGAGCAAGGGGUACACAGGCAAAACGGGCAUGAAAGCCAAGGCACUCUUCCGGCUUCAUGGCGACUGGGUCAAUGUCACCCCGUCCGUUGCUCUGCAUGCGGACCAGGUCGACCCAGCGAGUGAACGGGCUUGGCAGCGCGAUAUCACGAAAUUCCGCAAAAAGGCCCCGGCCAGAGUUCGAGAUGCACACCAAUUACGGGAGACCGUGAUGGCGCGAAUCCCCGUCGAGGCGGGAGAUGGUUAUUUCCAGCUUGUUUUAUGUCAGGACGUAAAGAAAAAGGUCUUGUGCUACAGUCCCGUGUUCCGUGUUUUGUCGACUUCUGCGGAUCCAAGCUCCAUUCGUGGUGCGAGUCUGAGUACCCUUCCACUGGAAUUUGGGGCGAUGGUGCUCAGUUCAUAUGCGCAAACAGUGGCGCAGACAUUCUUGUCGCCAGUCGCUUCAAGGGUGCAGAACAAAGUCCAGUCGUACCAACCUUCCGCCGUCAAACAAACAGCUGGACAAACGGCGUUCUCUUUGGCCGGCUUAGGAGACCGUGUUGGGUCUUUUUUGAACCCGACUGGUCAGGAUGAUGAGGGCACCAAGGCUCAGGGCGAUCCGGGAAACUUGGACCAAGGCCCAGUAGCGCCAUUUCCCAUGGACUUCAAAGCUAGGUGGGAGCCAACUGCCGCACCACCGCAAUACGAGCUGCAAGACUGGCCGGUAAUCAACCUCACUAAAGUCGCGGAUACGGUCCUAGAACGACUUCAUGGGCAUUUCAUCUGCUGGGCUCGCUUUCAUCAAUCAGAUGAGAAGGGCAAGCCCGCCAGCGACUGGCAUCAGAGCGUUCUCUCCGUUCUAAAUGUGAAUUCGUCUACGAUGGCCAGGGUCGACAUGUCACAUAUCACAAAGCGAACCACCACUCUACGUAUUCUUGAGGACAUCCCGCUUCCGCCGCAGGUUAAAGUGCAAGUACGAGUACUAUGCUUCAUUCGUCCGGAGAUGCCGCCGCCAAACGCAGCCUCUGAAAAGGAACUCCUUGAAGCCAGACAGGCCGCUGCAGAAGCGGCCCGAUUCGCGGACACCUGCGAUGCUUCGUACGCACAGGCCGUGUUGGAUCAUCCUGCGUGGGGACCUAACAUUCAAAGGUCGGCACUCGAAUCUCGGAAGGAGAACAUGAGCUUGUUGGAUCGUACGAGAGGCGGGUAUGCUGCUGCGUGGACGCGGCUUGAGAAAACCCCAUUGCAUUGGAUUGGGGUUCGAUCUGAGACGGCGCAGAAGAUGGAUCAGCAGGUAACCGUGAAUGGAUUUUACAUUGUGAGGUGA